AUGUCGACGAUUUACGACUUUUCGGUCAAAAAUGCUGCUGGCGAAAUGGUUUCCAUGGAUAAAUACAGGUAUUUAGAUGAAUUUUACAAGUGUAAAACAACAAUUUGGAUUUUCAGAGGGCUUGUUGUUAUAAUCGUAAAUGUUGCAUCAUAUUGCGGUUUUACGAAUUCAAAUUAUCGAGAAUUGAAAGAAUUAAGCGGAAAAUAUUACAAAAAAGGUCUUCGGGUGGCCGCUUUUCCUUGUAAUCAAUUCGGAUAUCAAGAACCAUCUUGUGAAGUUGAUAUUUCAAAUUUCAUCAACGAAAAAUUCGAAUUUGAGCCAGAUCUUUAUGAGAAAAUCGAAGUGAAUAAACCAAUUUUCGGAGGAGGAAAUGUCUCACCACUUUGGGAAUUUUUGAAAAAAGAGCAACCUGGAACAUUGACAAAUGCAAUCAAAUGGAAUUUCACUAAAUUUUUGGUGGAUCGAAAAGGUCGAGUUGUUGCUCGUUUCGCACCAACAACUAAUCCAAGCAGUUUUGAAGAAGAAAUCAAGGAAUUAUUGGGCGAAGAAUGA